AUGGUCCUCGAGAUUUUUUCGCACUGCGUGGCGGUCCACAGGCACCGGUUCAAGCUGCGGAUCCUGCGGGACAGCGUGCCGCUGCGGAGUUUGCUGACAGCUUUAACUCCUUCUUUCGACAAGUUUUUGUCUCUUUUUGCUGUCAAGUUCCUCAAGGCCUGCAUUGCCCUCAGAGAUCCUUACGUGGACAAGCAUUUGGUGAAGACGAAGGUUCUGCGGCCCCUGAUAUGGAUGCUGAAGGAAGACUUCUUGUCCCCUUCCUCUUCUUCUCGUCGACUUGGAGGCUCUUUGCUUUCUUGCGCCGUUUUGGACUGUCUUUCUUUCUUAUGUCCUUCGGGGCUGCCGCUGUCCGUGGGGCCCCUGCCUGUACACCUGGGAGGCCAGGGCUGCGCUCUUGUUGCUGCACUCUUCGAAGACCCUCUAACUGCUGCUUGGAUUCAGCAAAUCGAAGCUGCUGCUGCCAAACAAAGAAAGAACCCCUGCCUCGUCUUCCGCGAUCUGAGGGUUUUCUACUGCGGCUCAAGAAUGUCAAGGAGACAGGAAACAGCUGGCAGCAGCAGCAGCAGCAGCAGCAGCAGCGACCUGCCGCAAGGGGAGCCGGAGCAGCAGCAGGCCUUCAGCAGCCUCGGCAGACUCAUCAGGGCUGACCCCCAUAGACAAAAUGUAGACGAUGAUGACUCGUGGUUUUACAACGUGAAAGAUGACGACUCUCCCACAGAGUCCUCGACGACUACCCGCGGGCCGAGGCUAUCUCUCGUCGAUGGCUACGAUGAUGAUGAUGAACAGCAGCAGCAGCAGGGGAACGCCUCUGGCACGGACUUGUGGGCGGGGAACAGCGGCAGCAGCAGCGCAGCAGCAGCAGCAGCAAACCGGCUCAAGAUAAGGCGGCGGCGACGUCGCCCGCUGCGGGGGGACGGAGACAGCAGCAGCAGCAGCAACAGCAGCAGCAGCAGCAGCAGCAGCGACGAGGAAAAGCGGCCGCUCCCGAAGCCGACUUCCCUCAUCGGCGGCAGCAGCAGCAACAGCAACAACGGCAGCAGCAGCAGCAGCAACAGCAGCGUGGACCUAGAUGGUAGCCCCACAGAGGAAUCCUUACUUAGUGUCUUCCCAGAGAAGAUUGCUGCUGCAACAGGCCCGGGGGGAGGGGCCUCAUUGAGUCCUCGUUCUGCAGCAGGAGCAGCAAAAAAGAAACGGAUUGCUGUCAAGAUAGGCAGCAGGCCCGCGUCUAGCGACGACGACAGAGGCAACAGCCCCAGCAGCAGCCCCAGCAGCAGCAACAGCAGCAGCAACAGCACUACGAGCAGCCCCACAUUCUCUCCGGAAGCCGGUAGAGGUUGCGAUGCAGCAGCAGCGGCAGCAGCCGCGACAGCAGCAGCAACAGCAGCUUCCAGCAGCAAAAGCGAAGAACAGAGAGACAAGGGCCCUGCUGAAGCAGCAGAAGGCGAGGGGGAAGCUCUUUCUGAAGGCGUACAGCUGCUGCAGCGAGUGCUGCAGCAAGCUGGCCUUGGCGGGGGAACUGCUGCUGCUGCUGCUGCUGCAGCAGCGGGAGAAGCAGCAGCAGCAGACUCGCAAACUGCUGCCACUAAAAACGGCAACGCUCGUCAGCUGGACUUCCUUAAAGAUCUGCUGGAGGAAGAUGACAGCGACGAGGAGGCUGCUGCUGCACCUGCUGCUGCUGCGCCUGCUGCUGCUGCUGCAGAGGCAGCGCCUGCCGAGCCUAAGCGGAGACGCAUUAAUUAG